AUGAGCCGCCCAUCGGCAAAACUAUGCGCUGAGUGCUUCCCGAGCGCGCUGCGGGCGCCUCGAGGCCUCCGCCCUACAACCUUGCGGGGCGCCACCCGUAGAUCCUACGCUUCUGAACAGAAGGCACUCGAUACUCUGCGACGACCCAGUCCGUUUCCGUUGGUAUGUGUGUCUUCGGGGCGGGUCCCACGCCCCCAGUUAGCUGUGCGGUCUCCGCAGAAGGGGCGGGGUCUGGCUACCGUGUCGGAGGGCAACAACACAACCGCCAGCCCGCCGCAGGACGGGCCGAUGAGGGAGUACGACGUGCGUGUGGAAGAGGGAAGGUUGAGGGAUGAUGAGUAUCAAAGAGGUAUCAUCCAGAAUCUACAGGAUCUCUUCGAAGCACUGAAAGAAUAUACACCUCCGAAAGUCGUCCACCCCAAACCCGAAACUCUGGACCUCAGCCAGCAGAAAUCCUUCUUCGGGUCUUUGUUCGGUUCGAAGAAGCCUGCCAAAUCUGCCGUUCCCGAUAACCUCCCAAAGGGACUGUACAUGUAUGGCGAUGUCGGUUGCGGAAAGACCAUGUUGAUGGAUCUAUUCUUCGACACGUUGCCGCCCAACAUAGCACAUAAGACGCGCAUUCACUUCCACAACUUCAUGCAGGAUGUACAUAAGCGCUUGCACGUGGUGAAGAUGGAGUACGGAAAUGACUUCGAUGCGCUACCAAUGGUUGCGGCGGACAUCGCCGAGCUCGCCGGUGUGCUUUGCUUUGACGAGUUCCAAUGUACCGAUGUAGCUGAUGCAAUGAUCCUGCGACGUCUGCUUGAACUUCUCAUGUCCCACGGCGUUGUCCUCGUGACUACCUCUAACCGUCACCCUGACGAUCUGUACAAAAAUGGCAUUCAGCGCGAAUCCUUCAUUCCAUGCAUCAAUCUACUUAAGACCGAUCUGAGCGUUAUCAAUCUCAACUCCCCGACCGAUUAUCGGAAAAUCCCCCGGCCUCCGGCGGCCGUUUACCACCAUCCCUUGGGCAAGGCAGCUCAGAGCCAUGCGCAGAAGUGGUUUGAGUACUUGGGUGAUCCUGUCGAUGACCCCCCUCACACGGCCACCCAGGUUGUGUGGGGCCGCGAAAUCAAGGUGCCCCGGGCUAGUGGCAAGGCCGCACAGUUCACCUUCCAGCAGCUCAUUGGCUCGGCGACAGGUGCUGCCGAUUACCUAGAACUCGUCCGACAUUACGAUGCAUUUAUUGUGACCGAUGUGCCGAGCAUGAACCAUACUCAGCGCGAUCUUGCGAGGCGAUUCAUUACCUUCAUUGAUGCGGUGUAUGAGAGCAGGGCUAAACUAGUCCUCACCACCGAAGUGCCCCUAACAAACCUAUUCAUCUCCGAAGCAGAAAUGAAGAAUACUCUAAAAGAGGAAGGCGAUCACUCGGAUCUCUCCGAUGCCAUGCGCAACCUUAUGGACGACCUUGGCAUGUCCGUGCAAGCACUGAAGAACACUUCUAUCUUUAGCGGUGACGAGGAACGGUUCGCCUUCGCACGUGCACUUUCCCGUCUUGCGGAGAUGGAGAGCAAGGAGUGGGUGGAGCGCGGUAUUGGCCCUGGGAAGAGUCCUGCGGAGAACCAGAAGGAACGUGAAGCUUGGCGGAAGACGAGAAGUCAUUGGAGUGAGGACAAUAUGUAG